GUCCGCUCUUGCGGCGCGCAUGAAGUCGAACAAGCCUCAUGUCACCAUCAGUUCGCUGCUGACCUGGAUGAGACGCCUCGUGCAGGUGAAUUUGUCCAGGUGUUUUUCUUCAGUAAAUCAAUGUUAAAUUGAAUGAAUCCACAGGUUUUCCUUGAUGGAGCUCUGCUUGGCUCAAAGGUGCAUUCGCAUGCUGUGUGCCGGGUGUGGAUACAGAGCUGCUGUUCUCAAAUCAAGUUUUUGAUCAGUCUGAAUCUGUGUUGUAAAAUGGAGCCGGCUUGUCGAAAAGACAAACAGAAACAACAAACACCGACCCGCGGUGACAGAAGCAAACAGAAAUCUGCUCAACAAGAGCUCAAACAGAGACAGAGAGCUGAGAUUUACGCCCUGAACAAAGUUAUGACUGAACUUGAACAGCAACAGUUUGAAGCUUUCUGCAAGCAGAUGCAGUCGCAAGCUGAGUGACAAAACUCAUACGGCCUCAAUAACACAUACAGAGAUGGUUUUAUUAUAAACAAUAUAAUGGUUAUUUUUAUGACCGGUCAUCUUAAUCAGGUUUUCAGUCCUUCUUCUGGACAUCUCGAGCUCCUGAUCCAGUAAAUGGAAGAUGCUGGAUGAUGUCCAGGAGCAGGAAUGAAUACUCCUGAUAUAAACCACAAUGUAUUGGAGAAUGUUUGCUUGUAUUGGUGCUCAGGCUUGAAUUUGAUGUGUGUGCAAUCGUAUCAGAUGUUGAUCAGUAUUUAUGUAAUUGUUACAAAGCUAUAAUGACACCAAAAAAGUACAUACUGUAUCGUCACAAAGCCACUCUCGUAGCAAACGCAUGGAUGAAGAAUUAAUUUAUUUUAUAUGAUGUUGAAUCCCAGUGUUGGGUAUGAUUUUAUUAUUAUCAAUACUUCAUAGUUUGUCCGUUAUGAUGAUCAAAAUGUUUUAUAACAUGCAAUGUUUGUUUUGAUAAACAGGCAGGGCUUGACAUUAACACCCACCAACUCGCCAAAUGCAGAUAGAUUUCUUUAAAUAGAGUCUUAACCUCCUAAGACCCGAGCUUUGGUUUAUCUUUUUUUCCCAGAUUUCUUCCAGCUAUUUUGGGAAAAUUACCAAAUAUUUUUCUUUGAACAUGAAGCAUUGUAAUUGUCCACGUUUGUGUACAACAGGUUCCAGUUACACAGAAUGAAGUAUUUUGGUGCAAACAACCAAAAAAAAUGUGUGGACAGGUCUUAGGAGGUUAAAUCACUUUUAACAGAAACAUUUAUGCAGAUUGUAUUUUAUAAGCUUGAUUACUAAGUUGAUAGUAAAAUUCAUGUCCUGACUGAGCAGUGUUUACUGCUGUAGUUAUUACAUUUACAAAGUGUUUGUUUUGUGUGUGUUUAUCUUUUCAGUUAAUCCUUUACAACCCUGCAACCGCUUUUAUUAUAUUCACUAGAAGCUACUUUAUUUAUUCCUUAUUGCACUGUUAAAAAACGACUUUCUUAAAACAACCAAAAAAUCUACCAAUUGGGUUAAGCAUUUUUUUUCAAUUAAGUGUUUAAGAAAAAAGUUCUUUCUUACCCCAUUGGCAGAUUGUUUUUCAUGCAGCUAAAUAUAUGAUAUGAUCUAUAAUAAUACCAGCUAUAUAUAGCUAAUAUAUGUACUCUCAAUUUGGUUUUCAAUCUUUAAAAGGUAAUUUUAGCAUGCCAAAGUCAAUUUUAAUUAAAUAAAACAACAAAAUUGUGGCCAGCGAAAAUGCUGAGUAAUUUGGAAAACCACUUGCCACUGUGUCUGGUGAGCAACAAAAUAAUAAUGUCAAGCCCUGUAAACAGGUAUUACACUGUAAAAAGUGAAAUGUUUUUUAACUUAAAAUUUCACUUUAGUUUCCCCAAAUUUAAGUUGAAAAUUUUUUUAAGGUGUUACCAAUUGAAGUAAUUUUUAAGUUAAUCCAACAUGAUUUACAAUUUACAAAAUAUUGCUUGAAGGAUAACCGGAAUCAAAACACUUGCUAUUUUAUUUUUGGUGAUGUACUUUCACAAUGGCUGAAGUGUCUUCGACCACAAACAAUUUUAACAGUUUUUGUACAGUAGUUGGGUUUUAUUUAAAAACAAUAAAUUUUGAAGUAUUGUUUUCUAUGUGUUAGAAUAAUAGUUUUCUAUUACAUUUAAUAAAUACAUGUGUUUUUUUUUACAUAACAUUACAUUAUUAUCUGACCAUGAUUCUUUGUCUAUCCAUGUAUGAGCUUCUCCAUUUAAAACAUGCCACUGACCCACUAAAAUACCAGACUUUUACUGGAAAACUUGA